UAUGAUCUAUGCUUUCAUCUAUGAUAAUAAUCUAUAAUAUCUUUGGCAUAAUUUAGGCGGCAAUUUAUAAUCCAAUUAUCACGGACUGCAAUACCUACUUGUUUAGGUAGAUAUCACCACAGGUCGUAUCUAGUUUUACCAAGUUUUCCUUUAUUAAUGUGUUAUGAAUUAUAUUAACACUCAGCAAAGACGAACGUGUAGAGAAAAUUUGUCUCAGAGCAGUUCAUGGCAGUCAGUAGCAUGCAGAGAUUUCCAAGAAAUGUUAGAAUUAUUAUCUAAUACUGAUGAUUUAGAUAUGUUAGUGAAACUUUUUUCCACUUUAGGUAUAUGUUUACUAGAGAAGAAUAUAACAUAUGAACAGACUAUAAAAUGUAAUGCAUUAUACAAAAAACUGGAUCUAGUUUUAAAAAGUGGUUUGCAAUCUAAAUCAAUAACCGCACUUAAUUUUGUAUCUGUUCUGUUACACCUUGAUAAUGAAAAUGAACUGACGAAAAAAAAGUCCUUGCAUAUUUUCGCCAAAAAUAUGAUAAGAAUUAGUGGCUGCCUUACAACAAUGACUGAACUUUUUACCAGCUUUAUGAUGCAACAAGACACAUGGAAGGCUCUCUGUCGAAGUAUCAGUGAAACGUGUCAUGGCAGUGUUCCUAAUCAGACGUUUUGUUCUCACCUUGUUCCUUUGUGUAUUCAAAGAUGUAAACGAGGAAAUAUGGACCCUAUUUCAGUUCUACAAAGUUUACUAUUAAAUCAUCAAGGCAAUAUGAAAUUGUUUUACGAAAGCAAUGGGAUGACAAUAUUCGAUAGGGAAUCUCUACAGAAUCCAGCAUGUCUACAAUUAUUGAACUUAGUUGUAGAAAACACUAAGCCUGAAUAUCGUGACGAAAUUUUAAAGGCAUCCGAUUUAUUUCGUCAGCUCCGUUCAUAUUUAAAUAAAUAUGGUCGUAACUCUAUGGCAGGACAGUGGGCUUCCAUCAUUCUAUUUUCACAUAGAAAAGUAAUACAAACCGACAUAGUUAAUGAAAUGGAUGACGAGCAUAUUUUCAAAGAUAAAAAUAAUAAAACACUUUAUAAUUCUAUCAAUGAGACUAAAGAAUUUAAUGAAACAGGUGUUUUACUUGGAAAUGUGUUGAGGGAAGCUAUUGAUUGGCAAAAUCAGUUCGCCAGUAAGACUAAAUUUAGACGCAAUAUAAUCAAUGGAAAUUACAAAGAUAGUUUUCCUAAAGAGCGUGUCGACAUGCGUUACUCAUAUGCCAACCCACCAAAUGUAAAUGAAAAAGCAGAACGUCAAAAAAAUAACAUUUUUAGAUUUGCUACUGACACUGCAAACGAUUUAUCCUUUUCAUUUUUAUUGAAAGAAAACCCGGAACCAAGAUUUAGAAAACUAAACCAUAGAAAACCAAACUAUACGUUAAAGACUGACCAACAUCCUGCCGAACAAGUUGUUACGAGUUAUGUUGAACCAAGUCUUUAUCAAUCAUACAAACACAGGGCUUUUGAGAACUCAACAAGAAAUACGAUGGACGAAACUGUACUAGAAUUUAAGCCUCCCUUUGUUUCAACGCCAAAACGUAGUAAAUAUUCAAAAGUGAAAGGGGCAUCCCGAACUAGCAAGGAAUCUUUGACGACAAGAGAUCAUACUAUCUGUAACAAAACAAUUAAGAACAGAAGCAAAUUCACAAACACAACAUUACUAAGCAAAAGAUUGCAUAACAGGUCUACAAGUGCUAAAUUUUUGGAUAUCCUGAACGGAUCUUGCAAAACGUUCAUUGAAGGAUUUAAAAGAAUGUUCACGAUCAAGGAAUCUUCUGAUAACUUUGAUGAUAAAUCAAAAGAUCUAGGCACAACGAAUGUGGAAGAGAACAAUUCCUGUAUUUUCAGUACUAGUACUAUGCAUCAAAGAUAUGCGCCUGUUUCUAAAGAAAACAAAGUCCCAAAUUGGACAAAUUCCACUAAAGAAUUUAGCUUGGAAAAUAGUUUUUGUAAUUCUUGUUACACUUGUAAUGAUACUUUUGUUUUGAAGCAUAAGUUUAAAAACGAUGCCUUUCUACAACAAACAGUUAAAAAGUUGAAACUAGGCAUUAACCUGUAUGGUUGUGACUUUAAGAAAAUAUCAAGAACAAUGUGGCCCCGCGAAAUGUACAUGACACCAAAUGUUCUUUAUAAUUUGUACCGAAAACUUAUAAUCAAACAAUAAAUAUCAAUUUAA